AAAGUCUCUUCAUCUCUUUCCUUUCUCUUACAGGCAGAUAUUUUUCAGGAAUUUUCUGUUCAGGAGGAAUCGGUGACAUUCCGGAUCAAUUUGUCUGUUCUUCUCGACUGCUUGACCAUUUUUGGUACCAGCUCUUUGCCAGGAACAUCGACAGCCCUUAGGAUGUGUUAUCGUGGUUAUGGUUAUCCCUUGAUGCUGUUCUUGGAAGAAGGAGGAGUAGUGACAGUGUGCAAAAUCAAUACUCAGGAACCUGAUGAAUUGUUAGACUUUGAUUUCUGCAGUACAAAGGUUGUUAAUAAAAUUAUCCUGCAGUCAGAGGGGCUACGACAAGCAUUUGCCGAACUGGAUAUGACCAGUGAAGUUCUGCAGAUUACCAUGUCUCCAGAUAAACCCUACUUCAGGUUAUCCACUUUUGGAAAUGCAGGAAGUGCACAUCUGGACUACCCUAGGGACUCUGACUUGAUGGAGGCAUUCCACUGUAAUCAGACCCAGACAAACAGGUACAAGAUUUCCUUGCUUAAACCAUCUACAAAGGCACUGGCUUUAUCUUGUAAAGUGUCCAUUCGAACAGAUGCUCAAGGAUUUCUUUCACUGCAGUAUAUGAUUAGGAAUGAAGAUGGACAGAUCUGUUUUGUGGAAUACUAUUGUUGCCCUGAUGAGGAUAUUAAUGAAGUAGAACCAUAGGUGUAUGUUUUGGCGUCUGUGUUGUAUUUAUGGAUAUAUAAAAUACUAUUAUUUUUUUAUAAAACUGAAUGAAAGCUGUA